GGAAGGGCAAUCUUUCAAAAAAAAAAAAAAAAAAAAAAGAAGCAAAAAAGCUGGGAAUUACCUAUGGAAGGAAAAAAGAAAAAAGGCUAACUUUACCGAAGGGUGCAGGUGGAACGGCAGGGCUAGCACCGUCUGCAUCUGCUCGCGGGAGAAGAAGAAAAAAACAACUGCAUUCUGUUUUCCGUGUACUGGAUCCAAAAUUAUCCUGCCAAUCCAGGAAUAUUACAUCACUGUUCAAACUGGGAGAGUUGAGACGACACAACGGCCCGGACCGGGGAGAAUGAAAGAGCCGGUGUCGUUUUAGGCCCUGCCGCAGGACUCCUGAAAAGAGGACAGGGCACCUGCUGGAAGGAGGCCAGCGCCUGACAUUUUAAAACAGCCAGAAAGCGGGAACCAUGCGAUUAUUCUGUCACCCGCCCGACACCAGAUAGCUCAGAGACACACUUCCUUUGGCGGGCCUGGCACAGCGCGGUCUCUUCCCCUCCCGCCUUCCCCCCCCUGUUCCUCUGUCCCCUCUGCCCGGGAGGAGCGCAGAACCACCGAGCGCAAACCGGCGAAGGCGUACGCGUCCCUGUUCCCCGGGGGCGAAAGAGUCGGCCGAGGGAGAGAAAGACAAGAGAAACAGGAAACCGAAAAAAGUCCUUUUCCUGUCCGUUCCUUCUCAUGAGCACCACCCAAUGGAGAGGCUAAGAAGAGAAUCAGGAUAAAGGACAGAAAAAUACAUUUAAAAAAAGCCUGAAUCUGAAUUUGAAGGGUUUAGAGCUAGGUCCUGUGAGAAUCGUUCGAUCUCGCCAUCAUCAUCGGUGGACCUCUUACACGUGGACAGGUGCAUUCCUCAUUUAGGCGAGGAUAAAAGGAGACAAAAAAGAAAGGCUCGUUUUCUUUCCUGGCGGUGGAUUAAUCCCGGAACCCGGAGUACAGGACAGAGCGGCUCGGGAUCAGGACUGGGUCUGGAAGAUGAGCGGGGAGCGGAGGUACCUCAGCCGGCCGUUCUGGGCCGUGGUGCUGGCGGGGCUGGCGGCGGCGGCGGUGACGACGGUGACGGGGCUGGAGUUCGGAGGCGCCCCGGGCCAGUGGGCGCGGUACGGGCGGUGGGAGGCCGGCUCGGGGGGCGAGCUCAGCUUCAGCCUGAAGACCAACGUCAGCAAGGCGCUGGUGCUCUACCUGGACGACGGCGGCAACUGCGACUUCCUGGAGCUGCUGAUCGCCGGCGGCCGGCUGCAGCUCCGCUUCGCCAUCCACUGCGCCGAGCCCGCCGGCCUCGUCAUGGAGACGGCCGUCAACGACGACCGCUGGCACAUGGUGCUGCUCACGCGCAACUACCGCGAGACCAUGCUGGUGGUGGACAGCGAGGCCAAGGUGGCCGAGGUCAAGUCCAAGCGGCGGGAGAUGGCGGUGGUGAGCGACCUCUUCGUGGGCGGCAUCCCGCCGGACGUGCGCCUCUCGGCCCUCACCUCCAGCACCGUCAAGUACGAGCCGCCCUUCCAGGGCCUGAUCGCCAACCUGAAGGUGGGGGAGACGCCCCCCGCCCUGCUCAACAGCCAGGGCAUUCAGAGCGACCUGGAGUACCUGUGCACCAGGCAGAACCCGUGCCUCAACGGCGGCUUCUGCACCAUCCAGUACGGGGAGGUGCAGUGCGACUGCACCCUCACACGCUACCGGGGGAAGUACUGCAGCGAAGAGGAGCACGCAGCAGAAGGUCUGGCGCACCUGACGUUAAACAGCCAAGGAGCCUCUUCUCAGACCUCCACGCCCUGGGCUGAAGGUGAUUCGUCGCAAACCGGGAAGGAGGAGUCGGUGGCCACCUUCAAGGGCAACGAGUUCUUCUGCUACGACCUGUCACUGACGCCCAUCCAGAGCAGCACGGACGAGAUCACGCUGUCCUUCCGCACCCUGCAGCGCAACGGCCUGAUGCUGCACACGGGCAAGUCGGCCGACUACGUCAACCUGUCGCUCAAGAGCGGCGCCGUCUGGCUGGUCAUCAACCUGGGCUCGGGGGCCUUCGAGGCGCUGGUGGAGCCCGUCAACGGCAAGUUCAACGACAACGCCUGGCACGACGUGCGCGUCACCCGCAACCUGCGCCAGCACGCAGGCAUUGGACACGCUAUGGUGACCAUCUCAGUGGAUGGCAUCCUGACCACCACUGGCUACACUCAGGAGGACUACACCAUGCUGGGCUCCGACGACUUCUUCUACAUCGGGGGGAGCCCCAACACCGCCGACCUCCCCGGCUCCCCCGUCAGCAACAACUUCAUGGGCUGUCUGAAGGAUGUGGUGUACAAGAACAACGACUUCAAGCUGGAGCUGUCCCGCCUGGCCAUCGACAGGGACCCCAAGAUCAGCCUGCACGGGGACCUGGUGUUCCGCUGCGAGGACGUGGCGGCGCUGGACCCCGUCACCUUCGAGACGGCCGCGUCCUUCAUCGCCCUGCCCAAGUGGAACACCAAGAAGACGGGCUCCAUCUCCUUCGACUUCCGCACCACCGAGCCCAGCGGCCUGCUGCUGUUCAGCCACGGGCGGCCCCAGGGCCCCAAGGACCAGCGGCCAGGCCGCGAGCUCAAGACCGACUACUUCGCCAUCGAGCUCCUGGACGGCUACCUCUACCUGCUCAUGGACAUGGGCUCCGGCAGCAUCAAGAUCAAGACCAGCAACAAGAAGGUCAACGACGGGGACUGGUGCCACGUGGACUUCCAGAGGGAGGGGCGCAAAGGCUCCAUCUCGGUGAACAGCCGGAGCACCCCGUUCUUCUCCAACGAGGGCAGCGAGAUCCUGGACCUGGACAGCGAGAUGUACCUGGGCGGACUGCCGGAGUCGCGGGCGGACCUGGUGCUGCCGCCGGAGGUGUGGACGGCGGUGCUGAACUACGGCUACGUGGGCUGCGUGCGCGACCUCUUCAUCGACGGCAAGAGCCGCGACGUGCGCCGGCUGGCCGAGAUGCAGAGCGCGCCGGGCGUCAGCAGCUUCUGCACCCGCGAGCUGCAGAAGAAGUGCGGCAGCGCCCCCUGUGGCAACGGCGGGCAGUGCAGGGAGGGCUGGAACCGCUACAUCUGCGACUGCACCGGCACCGGCUUCCUGGGGGAGAACUGCGAGACUGAGGCCACGGUGCUGAGCUACGACGGCAGCAUGUACCUGAAGAUCAUCAUGCCGGGCACGCUGCACACGGAGGCGGAGGACGUGGCGCUGCGCUUCAUGUCCCAGAGGGCCUACGGCCUGCUCAUGGCCACCACCUCCAAGGAGUCCGCCGACACCCUCCGUCUGGAGCUGGACGGUGGGCGGGUCAAACUCACCGUCAAUCUAGAUUGUAUCAGGAUAGACUGUAAUCUCAGUAAAGGCCCUGAGACGCUGUUCGCCGGGCAGAAGCUGAACGAUAACGAGUGGCACGCCGUGAAGGUGGUGCGCCGGGGGAAGAACCUGCAGCUCUCCGUGGACAACGUGACCGUCGAAGGCCAAAUGACGGGCGCCCACACGCGGCUGGAGUUCCACAACAUCGAGACGGGCAUCAUGACGGAGCGGCGCUUCAUCUCGGUGGUGCCCUCCAACUUCAUCGGGCACCUGCAGGGCCUGUCCGUCAACGGCGUGCCCUACCUGGACCAGUGCAAGAACGGCGACAUCUCCUACUGCGAGCUCAACGCCCGCAUCGGCAUGCGCCACAUCAUCGCCGACCCCGUCACCUUCCGCACCAGGGGCAGCUACCUGGCGCUCGCCACUUUGCAGGCCUACGCCUCCAUGCACCUCUUCUUCCAGUUCAAGACCACCUCCUCCGACGGCCUGCUGCUGUACAACAGCGGCGACGGCAGCGACUUCAUCGUGGUGGAGCUCCAGGGAGGCGUCCGUGAGUGCAGGGAAUUUACACCUAACACCCCCUUUUUCGGCUCUGUGUGUGGUGAAGUGUUUUGUGACUGUUUGGAGACGGCUGUGUUUCGCAGGAGAGGUGUAUAUUGGGGUGUGGUGAAGUGUUUUGUGACUGUUUGGAAACGGCUGUGUUUUUCAGGAGAGCUGUACAUCGGGGGUGUGGUGAAGAGCCGGUACAACACCCUGCCCAAACUCAUCGCGUCCCGGGACGGGUACCAGGGCUGCCUGGCCUCAGUGGACCUGAAUGGGAGACUGCCGGACCUGAUCGCAGACGCCCUCCACAGGGUGGGGCAAGUGGAGAGGGGCUGUGAGGGCCCCAGUACGACCUGCAUGGAGGACUCCUGCUACAAUCAGGGCGUGUGUCUCCAACAGUGGGAGGGCUUCUCCUGUGACUGCACCAUGACGUCCUACGGGGGCUCGUACUGCAGCGACCCUGGGACCACCUACAUUUUUGGAAAGGGAGGAGCCCUCAUCACCUACACCUGGCCCCCCAACGACCGGCCGAGCACAAGGGCAGACCGGCUGGCUGUGGGGUUCAGCACACAGCUGAGAGAGGCCAUCCUGGUGCGGGUGGAGAGUGCGACGGGAUUGGGAGACUACCUGCAGCUGCACAUAGAACGAGGAAAGAUCGGCGUGAUCUUCAACGUGGGAACGGACGACAUCACCAUCGACGAGGGCGCGGUCGCGGUGAGCGACGGGAAGUACCACGUGGUGCGCUUCACCCGCAGCGGCGGCAACGCCACGCUCCAGGUGGACAACCAGCCCGUCAUCGAGCGCUUCCCGUCAGGGAACAAUGAUAUCGAACGCCUGGCUAUUGCUAGACAAAGAAUCCCAUACAGACUUGGUCGGGUAGUUGACGAAUGGCUACUCGACAAAGGUCGACAGUUGACUAUCUUCAACAGCCAGGCGUCGAUCAGAAUCGGGGGGCGCGACAGGGGUCGACCGUUCCAGGGCCAGAUCUCGGGGCUCUACUACAACGGCCUGCAGGUGCUGAAGCUGGCGGCCGAGGGGGACCCCAACGUGCAGGUGGAGGGGAACCUGAGGCUGGUGGGCGACGUGCCGUCCGUCCUCACCACCGACACCACCUCCACCACCCCCCUGGCGGACAUGUCCACCACGAUCAUGGAGACAACCACCACGAUGGCCACCACGACCACCCGCAAACAGCGCUCACCCACCAUGAGGGACAGCGUCACUCAGAACACCGACGACCUGCUGGUGGCAUCGGCGGAAUGCCCCAGCGACGACGAGGACCUGGAGGAGUGUGAGCCGGGAACCGCCAACCCCACGGCGCCGGAGCGGGGCCCCCCGGGGGCGGUGGAGGUGUUCCGCGAGUCCAGCAGCACCACGGGCAUGGUGGUGGGCAUCGUGGCGGCCGCCGCCCUCUGCAUCCUCAUCCUCCUCUACGCCAUGUACAAGUACCGCAACCGCGAGGAGGGCUCCUACCAGGUGGACCAGACGCGCAACUACAUCAGCAACUCGGCCUCGCAGAGCAACGGCGCCGUCGUCAAGGAGAAGCAGCCGGGCACGGCCAAGACCGCCACCAAGAACAAGAAGAACAAGGACAAGGAGUACUACGUCUGAGACCGGCCCCCGGGGAGAGACGGAGAGAGAGGGAUGGAAGGGAGAGAAGGGAGGGAAGGGAAGGGAGAGGGACAGAGAGAGAGGGACAGAGAGAGAGAGGGAAGGAGGAGGAGAGAGGCGCACGGGCCAUGGUAUUUUCGGAGCAAUUCCACUU